AUGGCUGAGGGCUCGCCUGUCGAAGGCGGGAUGAAUAACCUCAGGAACCCUGUUUAUGUGCAAGAACUGGAAGCAGUCAUAGCUGAAAUUCCAGAGAAGCAGUCACUUGCUAGUCUACUGCGUCAAGAAUACGACAAUAUUCGGAAAGACCUCGAGGCCCUCACCGACGAAAGAGCUCACGUCGAAACCCGAGUUGCCCCAGAUAGCCUCCUAACCGCAAGGUUUCGCGAGUGCAUUAAUGCAGCGCUGUCUGACCUGGAUGCAUCCAUUCGUGCCCAGUCGGAACGUCUACAACCCACCGAAGAGCGGCUCCGAGAGGUAGAGAAAGACUUGAAAGAGCUUAGGGAGCGACGUCAAUUGCUCAACUCGCGCGUCUCACCUGUACAGGUUCUCCCGGAAGAGAUCUUGGUCAAGAUAUGGAAUUUUGCCGAUGCUGUCCCACGUCCGAUUCACUCGACGCAGCUGCCGUUCAUCCUGUCGUGGGUCAACAAGCGCUGGAGGGAGAUUCUGACCCGCACGCCUACCUUAUGGCGCUUUAUCCAGGCUUCUCCGAACAUGUCGCCGGGCCUCCUGCAAUUGCAAGUCCAGCGGUCAGCACCCUGUUUGCUGAAGAUAUUGUUUAGCUUCAGGUCGGCCCGCCCUAGAAGGACCUCAACCAACGGGGGAGUCGAUAGACUUCUUUUCGUCAUGACUGAUCUUAUAAAAUGUGCAGACCGCUGGCAGUCCUUUCAUCUUGGCGAGUCGUCCUGGUCUAACUGGGAACAAGUCGCAGAAUUAUCGCUAUACUCGGAAAGACUCCAGCAGUUACUCUGUUCCGUCCAUGUGCCCCACCUUCAACACUUUUGCGCCUGGUGGCAGGGCCUGGAUUGUCUGGGUGAACUGUUUGAACAUGGAGCACCGUCACUGGCGCAGAUGCAGCUGUCUGGUCUAUCGGUCUUCCCAAAUCUCCACCUUUUCCGCAGGUUAACCAGCCUGGAGUUGAUACAGCCCGACUAUGAUGAGCGACUCACUCCGACGGUAUUCCGCAGCCUCCUUGCGCAGUGUCCCACAUUGACACAUCUCGGCCUUGACGGAAACAUCUUCCACAGUGACCCUGAUUUCCCAUCCCUCCAUCCCUACCCGCUACCCCUUACUUCGUUGACGUCUUUGAAACUUAGCGUAUUAAACUAUUCGCGUGUAGACGGCUUCAACAUUCCAGAACUAUUCCAGAUAUUCAUUGCUCCAAGGUUGGAAUCACUCCAGCUACUAUUCUUGUCUCGGCCGGCCUGCGAAGGUCUCAUGCAAGUACUGGAGAAAAGUCCGAUGGCGUGCGGGUCAGAGUCGCUGUUCCGGCUGCAUAUCCAUGCUGGAGAAGGGAGGAUUGGCCUGGGACACUCUCUAUCUUCCAGAAUGCUCGUACAAUUCCCAAACAUCCAGCAUCUCUGGAUAAACGCUCCUCAGGAGGACGGCCAGGAGCUGUUGGAGGCGCUAGCCCUCCAUAUGGGAGACGGGGAGCCACAACGACUCUGCCCAUCCUUGGACACUGUAACACUUGACAUAGGUUUUGAUCAGGUAGACGAGGAUGGCGGGGACUAUAUCCGCAAUUUCGUAGCUACUCGGCAAGUCAUCGGGUUGCCCAUAACUACAUUGCGUUUCUAUCCAGAAAUGGACGCGUAUGCGGCGCGAGAAUUGUUAGCAUGGUGCCACGAGAUAGUCAAGGUAGAGGUGCUACCGAUUCGCGACAUAGAAUUCGAGUGCUGUGAGAUGUCGGAGAAGCCGAUACCUGCCCCGUUGAAUUUGGAUCGGCUCCAUGGAUGCGGCCGCUUUUAA